AUGGUUUAUUGUGGCUCACCAUCCACAUGCGUCAACUCAAGCAUAAAUAUUGGUUUGGUUAAAAUCGCCAAUAAUACCAGAUGCUGCAGUAAUGACCUCUGCAACAACUACACUCUGCCAAUUAUGCCAACCCAGUCCGUCAAUGGGAGAAGCUGUUACACCUGUGAUUUGUCUGAUGACUGCUCUAAAAAACUGUAUUGUGAGGGACAAGAAGAUCGCUGCAUCACUGCUACAGUUGCUCAAGGAUCCAACGUAAUGACCCUGAAAGGAUGCACAACCAGCAACAAGUGUAAUACGACUUUACUAAGAGCACAGGGACUCAUAUUGACAGAUGUGGAGUGUUGUCAGGGAAACAUGUGUAACAAUGCUGAGAGAUUCACACUGAGUUUCCUCCUGAUAUUCAUCCCGCUGCUCUCCUUCAUCCUCUUCUACUGAAAAAUGUCAGUCAGU